AUGUUGGGGCUCGCGGGUCGCUGCUCGGCAGCCGCUGCCGCCGCCGCUCGGCCCCUCCUGUGCCGCGGGGCCGGGCCGGGCCGGGACCUUCUGCCGCUGCUCCUCAGCCGUGGGGCCGGGCCGGCAGCCGCCACCGCGGCGCUCCACUACAGGAAGAACAAGUGGAUCAUUGAGGGGCGACUGCGCAGGCUGAAGGUGGCCCUGGCCAAGAGAACCGGCCGGCCCGAGUCAGAGAUCACGGGCCUGGAGGACGGGCGGCGCCGACGCAGCUCCCGCCUGACAGAGGAGAUGGGUCUGGAGAUGGAGGAGGAGGAGAGCCGGGGACGGAAAUCCCGCCGAGAGGAGGAGGCUGACGCAUCCGUGUCCAGCGUCCCGGAGCUGGAGCGGCAGAUCGAGAAGCUGGCCAAGAGGCAGAUGUUCUUCCGCAAGAAGCUGCUCCAUUCCUCGCAGACGCUGCGAGCAGCUUCCCUGGGCCAGGACCGGUACCGGCGGCGGUACUGGGUCCUGCCCCACUUGGGAGGCAUCUUUGUGGAGGGCACUGAGGCAGCUGAGCCCGAGCCCCAGGAGCCCCCCGAGGAGAAAGUGCCUCCUCCUCCUCCUCCUCCUCCUCCUCCUCCUCUGGUGAAGCAGGAGGUGGUGGAGGUGCCCAUGUCCAUCCGGACCAACUGCACGGCCUCGCGCUCCCGUGGUCGCCCUCGGAAGAGCAAAGAGGAUCUGUCACAGCACUGCGGACCCAGACCCCCUCCACCCCUCAAUGGGGUCCUGGAGGAGCCGGAGCCACUGGGGCAGAGCCAGCAUGACCUCAGCCAGUCUGCCUUCCUCUCCUGGCUGAGCCAGACCCAGUCCUCCCUGCUGAAGGACUCGGUCCUCACCCCGGCCAGCAGCCCUGGCAAGGGGGACACGGGGCUCCCGCCAUCAAAGGCCCCAUCGGACCCCACAGAGGAGGAAGAGGAGGAGGAGGAGGAGAGUGCCCCAGAGGUUGUGGAAAAGCAGGGGCCCUGGUUCAACCUGCUGCCCCAGACACCCUGUGAUGACCGAGGCCCCCUGGCUACCUCCUCUGCUGAACCCUCACCACGAGUCUCCACGCAGCCCCGUGGCCACCCCCGUGGCGAGCUACCCCGGGGUUUGGCCAGGCAGCUGAAUGGUCUCCCCAUGGAUGACCCUGCGGCUCCCCUCCUCGCUUCCACACCGGUGCCCGCCAGCACCAGAGCCCCCGGUGCCUGUCCCCGCAGCCGGGGCAGCCUGGAGAAGCUCCAGGACCUGCCGGGGCAGCCCAAGCGCCGAGGGCGUCCCCCCACCAAAUUUUUCAAGCAGAUUGAACAGAAAUACUUGACCCAGCUGACAGAGCAGCCCGUUCCCCCUGAGAUGCAGAGCGGAUGGUGGUGGGUGCAGGACCCCGAGGAGCUGGAGGCGGUGACCCGUGCUCUGCACCCCCGGGGGAUCCGGGAGAAGGCUCUGCACAAACACCUCACCAAGCACAAGGAGUUCCUGCGGGAGGUCUGCCUGCGCUCCAGCACGGACCCCAUCUUCCACCCACGCCCCGAGGCGGCCGGUGCCGCCGUGUCUCAGGAAGCCUUGGCCCGGUGGUCGGUGAUGGAGCGAGCCUACGAGACCGACCUCGCGGUCCUGCAGUGGGUGGAGGAGCUGGAGCAGCGCGUGCUGAUGGCCGACCUGCAGAUCCGGGGCUGGACGUGCCCCAGCCCCGACUCCACACGGGAUGACCUGCAAUACUGCGAGCACAAAGUGGAGCCUCUGGAGGACAUCACGGUGCGGAGCCGGCGGGACGGGCUGCCGCUGCGCCGGGAGAGCAACAACCCCCUGGACCUGGCAGUGCUGCGGCUGGCGGCACUGGAGCAGAACCUGGAGCGACGGUACCUGAAGGAGCCGCUCUGGCCCCUGCAUGAGGUGGUGGUGGAGAAGGUGGUGCUGAGCAACCCUGAGGAGCUGAGCCUGGGCCCCACUGAGAUAGCCUACGAGAUCACACCCCGGGUCCGGACGUGGCGGCAGACGCUGGAGCGGUGCCGGAGUGCAGCCCAGGUCUCCCUCUGCAUCUACCAGCUGGAGAAGUCCAUUGCCUGGGAGAAGUCGGUCAACAGAGUGACCUGUCUGGUUUGCCGGCGUGGGGACGAUGACGAGCACUUGCUGCUGUGUGAUGGCUGCGACCGCGGUUGCCACCUCUACUGCCAUCGACCCAAGAUGACGGAGGUGCCCGAGGGCGACUGGUUCUGCUCUGUCUGCAUCUCCCGGGUCGGAGAGUACCGGGACCCCAUCUCACCCCGACGGGGCAAGAAGCGGAAGCGGGGGCGUCUCUUUGGGGGGAGCCCAACCGAGGACCGGGGGAGCCCACGGCGCCGCCCAGGCUCACGCCGCCGCGAGGGGCUGACCCCCCCAGCCCAGGGGCCACGCGCUUCCAGGCGCCGUGGCACGGCGCUGCGGGGCCAGCCCAGCGACCUGACCUUCUGCGAGAUCAUCCUGAUGGAGAUGGAGUCGCAUGAGGAUGCGUGGCCCUUCCUGGAACCUGUCAACCCCCGCCUGGUCCCCGGCUACCGCAGGAUCAUCAAGAACCCCAUGGACUUCAGCACCAUGCGCACGCGGCUGCUGCGGGGCGGGUACUCCAGCUCGGAGGAGUUCGCGGCUGACGCCAUGUUGGUGUUUGACAACUGCCAGACCUUCAACGAGGACGAGUCGGCGGUGGGCAAGGCCGGGCGCGCCAUGCGCCGCUUCUUCCAGAGCCGGUGGGAGGAGUUUUAUCAGGGAAAAAACGCUACUACCCCCUGAGGGGUGGGUCCGUGCCCCCCACCCCGACCCCAGCCUGAGGUCUCCCCUCGGGCUGGGGUCUCCCCGUGCCCCCCAAGAACUGACUCCUCUGGAGCUGAUCUCGCUGCCUGCUGAUCCCGCGGGGGCCCCCCCGGCCGGUGUGAAUGGGCACCCGCAGCCCCUUCCCACUGCCCAGACCCCCCCACACCCUCCAGCACCACAAACUCACAGACUGUGUAAGCCAAAAAGAAAAAAAAAAAAA